AUGUCACUAGCAAUACUGCUUCUGGCUAUUGACAUGACAAUUAGAAAGUGUUCUGAGCAGGAUUGGGGGCAUCAGGCAGAUGUUUUAAACAAACAGACUCGGCGCAAGGAAUUAGCUGAAUUGGAAGAGAGCGAGGAUGAAUAUCAAGAGGCCCUUACUGACGUAAUACCUGACGAGGAGGAAAGGGAGACUCAGGGAGACCAGAAUUGUGCCGGCAGGACCGUACAGCAGAGAAUUGCACACUUUCUGAGCAAUUACUUGUCGACUUUUGGUGUAUUUGUCUUUGGAGUUGGCAGUCUUAUCUUAGCCAGUCUUUCCAUUGCGGAACAAGCAGUAUGUAUGCACAUUUAUCUGAAUCUGAAUUAUUAUGAUGAUAAGGUGAGCAACGCUGCACAAAUUCAACAAGAUCUAAGGUCAUGGACUAUCGUGUAUGAGACGUUCAAGGUAUUGUUCUUCACAAUUCAGCUUACAUUUCUACUAACGGGGUUUAGCAUGAGGAAAGACCUUUUUGCCACCUUAGGAAUUACAGUAACUUUAAGUGCCAAUUUAGGCGUUUGGUGUCAAACCUUUCUUACUAACUGUAAUAUACUGGCUCACUCUGCCUACGACCCCUUUCGCGAUGUUAAUUUGACGGACUAUCCGCUACAGAACGAAACCAGGGAGUGUUUCAACAAUACAACGCCCAUGAACCAAACUAUGAAUUCGAACGUUCGCCCCAUGUUGUUUCCACUUACACUUCAAUUCACCCUUCUAGCCACGAGAAUGCUGUUGGACCUAUGGCACAGCAGUGAGACCAACACCGGUUCUUUGGAUAACGAAGGGCAGCAGUCGAUUAAUGAUGAACGGCCAGCGGUUGGUGUUGACCGCCAAGAUGGUAUGAUAACGGUGAAUGGUCAGGCAGGACAUAUUGCCAGUGGUGAUAUGCAUUGGGCAAAAG